AUGGCUGAUGAAAUUGACAAGCUUCUCGCUAAGGAAUCCUCUGAUUUCGCCAAGGAUGCCGAGAUUGAACGUGUUAUCAACGCGUUCCGGCUUGACGCAUACGCAGUACUUGACUUAGUCCCCGGAUGUACACCACAAGACAUUAAAGCUCAAUAUCGCAAGAAAUCGCUGCUAAUCCAUCCUGACCGUAUCCUUGACCCUUCACGGAAGGACAGAGCAAAUGAGGCAUUCGAUCGUCUAAAGAAGGCUGAAACUCAACUUGCGGAGGAGAAGACGAGGGAGAGACUGGAUGACCUCAUCGCGGAUGCCAGGAAGCUCAUCAUCAGAGAGAAGGGGUGGACCGUUGAUUCUCCAGAGUUGAAGGAAGCGUCGUUCAUGCCAAUUUGGAGGGAGAAGAUUAAGGAAGUACUCAUUGACGAUGAGCUGAGAAGACGGAAAGCGAGACAAAUAGCCAUGGCCGAGGAAGGACGGCAGAAGGCGAAGGAAGAGGCGGAGAUCAACGAGCGGAAACGUAAGCACGACGAGAAGAAGGCAUGGGAGGACAAUAGGGAAGAGAGGAUUGGUGGGUGGAGGGAGUUUCAGAAGAAUGCCGGCAAGAAGAAGACGAAGAAGCCGAAGGUCCUCGGAUAG